UUAUUAAACCAUACUGGAAAUUAAGAUCAGCCAGAUAAUUCAAUCUUUUUUUUUUUUUGUGGUUUUAUUUUGAUAAAUGGGACAGGAAGUCAGCUACAAAAAUCUGCUCGUCAUUGUUUUAUUGUUGAAACUGAAUACCGGAAGUUGAGCUUGUAGUAACGGCGGCAGUUCGACGGCGGUGACUGGACAGGCGGAGGAGAAUCAACGGGCGGCAGUCGGGCCGAGCGCCGGGGUGUCAACGCUAGAUGAAGCCGGAAACGUUUCCGUCCCGUACGGUGUGACAGUUUACAUUUUGUACAGAGUGUGGGCCGAUAAUGGUGGACGGGGACACCUGAUGAAGUUCACCAGAGAUAUCUGCCGGCUGCUGGGCUUCGGACGCGAACGGCACGAUUCAAAGCCAGCCUCAUUAGUAAAUAAUCCAACUCCAUGAGCCCAUUUCACUGCAUCGUUUUGAUCUUCGGCGUCUGCAGCCUGACUUCAGCAGCAGGAGACGUCUCAGACCUGCCAGGUGAGGAGGAGAUGGAGGUUCAGGCUGGAGCUUCAGACCCGGCAGACGGGAGAAAAGGCCGAAGCUCAUCACAGGCGAUGCCGAACGGCGAGGAGGGUUUGGACGACGAGGAGAAGACGAGAAGGAGAGCUGAGAGGAGGAGAGCCAAAAGGAAGAGACAGAAGGAGCGCAAGAAGCUGGAGAGAGAGGAGAGGACUGAGGACGCGUCAGAGCAGGAAGAGGAAAUGGCCGGAGCGUUGUCGGACAGUGACGCUGAGGAGGAACCGAAAGAAGAGGAGGAAUGGGUCGCCGUUCGUCCCAGAAACAAAUGCAAUCCUGAACCAGUCCCUGCCCUCGUGACGACCUCCAGGAACCGCCAGCUGGCCCGAGUGACCUCCGAGGAGGAGCCGGAGUGGGACGUCAGCAGUGCCUUUGUGGCCAAAGUCGCCAGCCACAUCAAACUGAAGACCGCGAAGAGCAAAGUGACGCAGAUCUCCAGAGAGAACAAAGAGAACGAGGCCAGGAGCAGCCAGGUGGAGAACACAGAGGAAAUGAGGCGGAGGGGGGAGGCUCUGACAGUGCAGGGCAUCCAGAUGUUUGUGCAGGGCCACUACAGCCAGGCAGUGGACAUGUUUACAGAGGCCAUCUACUGUGACCCCAAGGACCACAGGUUCUAUGGAAAUCGGUCCUACUGUUACUGGUGUCUGGAGCAGUACUGCUCUGCCUUAAGGGACGCUCAGAGGUCCAUUCAGCUGGCUCCCGAUUGGCCGAAGGGAUACUUCCGUAAGGGCUGUGCUCUGAUGGGGUUAAAGUGGUACAGCGAGGCAGAGAAGGCCAUGGAGCAGGUUCUGAGGUUGGAUCAGCGCUGUAAGGAAGCGUCCAGCAAACUCUUCAGCUGCCGGGUCCUGCAGCUCGUGGAGCUGGGUUUUGAGGAAGAGCAGAGUAAACUGCUGCUGGAGAAGUUCUCCACCGUCCAGGCGGUCGUCGCUUCACGCGAGGCCAAAACCCUGAAGUACCCCCCUCAGCAGGACCACAGUGGGAGCUGUCGCUCUCUGUGGGUCGGGAACAUCACAUUAGAAGUCACAGAGAAAGACCUGUGGGAUCUCUUCACGAUGUUCGGCGAGAUAGAGAGCAUCAGAGUUCUUCACGAGCGCUUCUGUGCCUUCGUCAACUUCGAGAAUGCCAACAUGGCUGCCAGAGCCCUGGAGAAGCUGCAGGGGGUGGAGCUGGGGAGCAGCAAGCUGGUGAUGAGGUAUCCAGACCGCUGGAUCCAGCGGACUCUGCCCCCCAUACGGAGGACCAACACGAGCCUCAGCUCCAACGCUGCAGGAACGCAGCAGGGCUCAGCUGCCGCAGGGUCCAGACGGUGUGCGCCCAUAGACGGAGACAAGUGCUUCUACUGGCGGACCACGGGCUGUUUCUAUGGCGACAAGUGCCGCUUCAAACACACACCGCACCAGCAAGGCCGAGACAAGAGACAAGAGACCAUGACAGCAUUAAAGUGUGCGUGAAAGACGGAGGAGGAACAAGAAGGACGGUGAGCAGGGUGGAGGACAGAAGACGAGAAGACCAAAUCCCUGACCACACUGACAUCUGACUCUGUGUGUGUGUGUGAAUGCAAGUCCAAGUCCGGGGUUGUGGCUCCGACAUGGGGAGGAGGUUUACGGCGACGUGACUCUGCACAGCUCCUGAUGUCAGGAACUCCUCAAAGCAAUUUAAUUUACUGGAAGCGUCAUGGAGGAACUCGUCAUGUGGUUGGCUGAACCAUGUUGGAAACACGAGCAGACAGACCUUCUCUGGUCAUCAGAGCAGAAUGCCUUUAAAGUCAUUUAUUUUGACAUCUUUGAAAUGUGUACUUUAUACAAAACAAUAAAUCAAGUUCACCUG